AUGAGCCUGGACAAUGAUAGAAAGAGGUCACCUGAGACAGACCAUCUACCGUCAAAGAAAGCCAAGGUGCUAGAUGAGCUCAGCACCGAGGGCCCGCUCAGCCAGGCCGACGUUGUCUAUUUCAAAAAGGAGGCCAUCUACAGACAGAUGCUCAACUAUAAAGAGCAAGUACUCAAAUUGCAAGGCAAGGCGAAACGGCUCUCGAUGGAGUCCGAGGGAGUCAAACAUGUCAUUACCGUGUUGACGGCAUGGUACAACCAGAUAUUGGCGUUGUUUGACAAUAACGAAGGGACCAAUGAAGAUGUGUUGGUGCCGUUUCCAGAAUCAACGGAUGACGAAAAGCUAGAACAGCUAAGACGAGCAGUGUCAAGAGCAUUGUCGUCAACGUUGCCUCUAAACUUUGACGCAACAAAGCUCCAACAGUUGAGUUCCAUCAAAAGCCAGAACCAGAUACUAGCGAGGGAGAAUGAGUCGCUCUUGGUGCAAGUUGACCAGUUGCAAAAGGAAAUCCUUGGUUUGAUCAACCUGCGAGAACGCAACGCGUCAAAGACGCUAAAGAGAGUCGACGACAGUCGGAAGGAAGUUAGUGAAGAUGUAAAAGUCAAAGAGGAAACACCGCAGCCUGUGCCGAGUGGUGACCAAAACGGAAACUCUCGCGAUGUAGGCGACGAGCAAUGGGAGAAAUUAAACUUGGAGCUUGAGCAGCUAAAGUCGUGCAACCAGGUGCUAAACAGUCAGCUCGAGGAAAUGACAGGCUCGAAUAAGGCCCUUUUGUUGAAAACCACCGCGUUGGAGAGCAAGAUACACAACUUGGACGAGUCCGACUUGCAGGAGAAUGUGAUUUACAAAAAGAUUGUUAAAAACAACCAGUCCUUGCAGGAGCAGAUUAGCAAAGUCAGCAAACUAAACACGGUGAAUGUCGCAAAGUUGACCGAGUUUGAAGAAAAACACAACGAGCUCAAAAGCUUGAUAGAGGCUGAUAUUGUCAAGGAGAAUGAGAGCUUGAAGCAGACCUUGGCCAAAGUAGAGCAGGACUUGGUCCGCGUGAGAACAACACGCGACGAGCUUUUGGGCAAAAAUACGUUGCUAUCCAAGCAAAUUGAAGACCAAAAGACUGCCGCGGCACUUCUCGAGUUGAAUGCGGUGUACUCAAAGAGGAUCGAUGAGCUCAUCCAGAGUCGAGUUGAAGUUAGCGGAGAUGCUAAAAUCGAACUCCUAAAUAACGAAAUUAAGGAAAUCGAAAGUGCAUUUAAGCAAACCAGAGAGUUUGCUAUGAAGAAAAUGUCCACAGCAAUAGACCACGAAAACCAAGUGAAGAAGCUAACAAUUGAAAAAAACAAGGCGGACCAGAAAUACUUUGCAUCGAUGAGACUCAAGGACUCGCUCAGCAGUGAAAAUAAGGUAUUGAAGCAGCAAGUUGCCAAGUCGCAGGAUUUGGUAAAGAGUUUCACCGAGCUUGAGCUGAACUAUCUCAACAAAAUCGAGGUCUUGACAAAGUCAAUUGUCGACUACAAGAUCAUCAAGGAAAACUCGUUGCAGGAUAACUAUAACUUGCAAGAUAGUAUCAAAAACUUAAACGUCAUCAAGGACUCCCUAGAGAAAGAUGUGGAACGAAAAGAGGCCAAGAUCGUUUCCAUGACCACGGAGGUGGUGGAAUUGAAAGACCAAUUGAACAAACAAAGCUUACAGUUGGACUCACUAAGAAAAGAGUUUGCAAACGCAGAGAGCUUAAUCAACAAGUACCGAACCAACAACACCGACUCAAUCAUCCAAGAAGACGAGCAACAGUUGGAGGCGUUGCGGUCGAUUGCAAAGUGUUCGGUGUGCACAAAGAACUGGAAAGACACGGCGAUAACCGUGUGUGGGCAUGUGUUUUGCUCCAAAUGCACGCAAGAACGGCUAGCUGCGCGGUUGAGGAGGUGUCCCACUUGCAACAAAGGCUUUUCCAUCAAUGAUCUUUUAACUGUUCAUUUAUAA